CAAAGGGUCGCGUAAAUGACGUCAGCCGGCCGUCGCGCGUUGGUGACGUCACAUGCCUUGGCGGCGGACGUGCAGGCGGGCAGCAAGAUGUCGGCGUCGUCUUGGCUGCAUGGGCCGCAUACCGGCCGUUUGACUGAAGGCUUGUUGUCGGUUCUGAAGGAACAGCGUCCGGAGUAUUUGCCCAGCCUGCUGGACAACUACCGAGAGCAUGGCGUCCUCCGCACACAGGGCGCCAGCGCCGUCGGCGGUCUGCUUGGUUUUAGCAAUGCCAAACUGGCUUCCAGCAAAACCAAGUUUGAGGGGCUGUGUCUGCUGUCCGUGCUGGUCCAGGACAGUUCGUGCGAGCUGUUCCAACAGCAUUGCCUCUCGUGGCUGCGCUCCCUGCAGCAAGUCAUCCAGUCCCAGGCUCCCGUUCAGACCAUCCGGCUGGCUGUGACUAUCUUGAAAGACUUGCUGCAGUAUUCGUCUCAGCUGGCCGAGCUGGCGCGGGAGGUGGGCCUCAACUGCGUCCUGGGCAUCCUCACCUCGCUGCUGGGCCUUAAGACCGAGUGCGAGCUGGCGGCCAUGGAGGGCAUGACGGCGUGUAUGACCUACUACCCCCGAGCGUGCGGAUCCCUGCGGGACAAGCUGGGAGCCUACUUCCUCUCCAAAAUGGAGAGCUCCAACAAGAAGAGCCAAGAGAUGGCUUGUCAGUGCUACGGUCGCCUCCCCUGCCUGGGCGGCCUCACCGACCGAGCGUCGGGCGCCGGCCGAGCCGACCGCUGGACCGAUCAGGUUCACUGCCUGCUGGCGUCGGCCAAUAGCGCGCUAGCUCACCUCUACCGGGGCUCGGAAUCGGACAGAACGGCGCAAUACGAAGGUCCCGGGGCGGAGUUGGGCUUUCCUCAUCUGGACCAAUCCGAUGCCCUGCUCCCGCUGCAGCUCCAGCACAGAUACGUGGCGGUGUGCCUCGCGCUGAAGCACACCCUCAGGGUGGACCCGGGAUCGGCCGUGCGUCUGCCCGUCAGGCCCGUUCUCAACCUGGUGUGUCGAGCUCUCGCCGUCGGCCCCAAGAGCAUCAAUUUAACGGGCGACGGCAGCGUGAGGCUGCUGCUCCUGCCUGCCGUUCACACCGGCGCACUGGAGGUCUUGUCUGCGCUCUUCACAGUCGUGCGGAGCGGCAUGGCGCAGUACGCCGCUGUGCUGCAGAGGCUCUUUGCCCAAACCCUCAGCGCCUGGACGCCUCCGCCUGAAGCCGACCCCGGGCAGCAGAGAGCCUACAGCUGGGUGCGCGUGUCUGUGUACAGAAGCCUGGAAGCGUGGGCGCAGGUGGCCGGCGCGUCCGCUGGCAUCCUCCAGGGGAGCUCCGGCCACACCGAGCUCCUUUUCGCCCACCUCCUCGGGGAUAUUACGCCCGGGGCCGAGUCCGUCAAGUUGCGCGCGGGCUUGUCGGCCGACGUGGUUCCCGGAGGCAAACCGGGCCCUCGCAGGACCAAACCGUUGGUCAUGGCGGAUGCGGUCGGGCCGUCCCUCCAGAGGAAAGGCGACCCUCUGGCCAACCAGGAUACGUGCCUUUCAGCUCUGAGGGCACUAAGACAAAUCAUACUGACCAGCGGAACCCUCCUCAAGGAUGAUCUGCACAAGCGUCUCCAUGAAGUUCUGCUGCCGCUGUGCGUGCGCUUGCAGCAGCAGCAGUCCAGCUGCAAUGCCGCCUCCGAGUCCGCAGGGGGUGUCAGCGGGCAGUAUGGCGGCGCCCUCACACGGCGGGAGCUCUACAGGUUGUUGCUGGCUCUGGUCCUGGUCCCGUCCCCCUCGUGGCCCCCGCCUCUCACCUGCGCCGUGUCCAUCCUCAGCAAAGGACGCACGGACCGCAACCUCAAGGUGUCUUCAUUCUGUACCGAGGCGCUGACCGUCUGCAACUCCCUGGUCCACCCGCGCGCUCCCUCUGUCGCCAUCCCCUUACCGCCCCUCACCCUGAAAGCCACACCCUCCGCUUCGGUCCUGCCGUCCUCCCAGGGUCCGACCCCGGGCCUCCCGUUGCCCACCCUCCUCGGAGGCCCCGCCUCUUCGGGCUCCUUCGCCGCCCGCCGCUCGCUCGGUCUGCUGGGCUCCCUGGAGAACCACCCGUCUUUGGUUCCGGGCCUGGCCUCGGGCGACACGAUCCUGUCCCCGCAUGCGCACCGGCAGCCGGAGCCGGCCGGCCUGGGCCUCCCGGAGGGGCAGAGACCCGUCUUUGUGCGCUACGACAAAGAGGAAGCUGAGGACGUGGAGAUCUCGCUGGCCAGCGACUCCGACGACAGCGUGGUCAUCGUUCCUCCGGGGAUGCUCGUCGCGGAGGUACGCGAGCCCGUCGAGUCUUCUGCGGUGCCCCCUCUGAACCCGGCCGCCGUGGGCGCCGCCGCCGAGCCCGUCGCUUUGCCCCCCGCCGCGACGGAUGGGGUCUCCCUCCCCGGUGACCCGGCCAACUCGUCCUCUUCCCCUCUGCCCACCGCCCCCGUCGAUUCCUUCGCUCCUCCCGCCUCUGCGGCGGUCUCGCUCGUCCCGCCGGCCGGCGCGGAGGAGACACCGGCCGUCAGACCUCAGCUCCAGCAGAUGCUGAUGCAGCCCUCGGCCCCCGGAGCCCUGGGGCCGCCCCUCCAGAUGCACCAGCUGCAGAACCAGCUGGGUCCCCCGCAGGGAAGGCUUCCCGCCGCCAACAGCAACAACGAAGACUCGGCCGUCAUCAACAUCAACAGCACGGACGAGGAGGAGGAAUACGAAGAAAUGGAGGACGACGAAGAGCUGGACGAGGAGGACGAGGAGGACGAGGAGGAAGUCAGCGAUUUUCCCGAGGGAGAGUUUUACGAAGGCGAGGACUUUGAUGACUUUGAUGAAGAAGGGGAGGAUCUGGAGGAGGAGGAUGUCGAGGAGGAGGAGGAGGAAGAGGAGGAUGAGGAAGAAGAGGGGGAUGAAGAUGGGCCAAUGCCUCCGUUGGAGGGAGCAGAGGACAAGGCGAAUGUCGCCGGCAGCGAGGAAGAGAAGGCGCUCCGAGCGGAAGGAGCGCCCGCCGGCCGCGGUGUGGCGGGAGAAGCCGCGGGGGGCGUCCAGGAGGUCCGGCUCGGCAGGGCCGACGUCGCGGGCGAGCGCGCCAAGGUGCGCGAGGUGGAGAGCAUCGGCGUCCUGGAGGGUGCCGGAGAGGAGGACGAGGAGGACAGCGAGAAGAUGGACGACCCCACCAUGCCUCAGAUCCUGUGUGUGACCGGCGGAGCGCCGGAGGAGAGGGAGGAGCCGGAGGAGGCGACCGAAGCGGCCGCCUUUCAGCACGAGCCGCCGGAUGCCGAGCUUCGACCCGAACAGCGGGUAGCGGCAGCGGCCUCCGCACAGGAAGUGGACACGGGCGACGACCAGCCACCCGUCCUUCAGAGCGAAUUCCUGGCGGACCCUCCCGACGGCGGCGACUCGCCGCCCGCAGAUCCCGCCGCCUCGUCGGGCCCCGAAGAGCACCCCCGGGAGGAAGAAAAAGACAAAGGCGCGCAGCACGCGGGGACGGACGGAGGAGGCACGGAAGAGAGCGAAGGAGACAAGGGGAAAGGAGUCAAGCGCAAGAGAGACGACACGCACGAGGACCCAGAGGCGGGACCAACCACUGACGGGAAAAAGGCGCACGACGACGCCAUCGCCUCCAUGUUGGCCGAUUUUGUCGCCUGCCCCCCCGACGACGACGAGGUCACGACCUCGGGGUCGAACCCCUGACAAACGAGAUGCAGGCUCGCCUAUCCGUUCAGUUUCUCAUCAUGCUACGUUGAUAUGGGACGCUUUGGAAAAGGAAAGCGAGACUUUUAUUUGACUGCGUCAGUGUCUAAUCCAACGGCAGAGUUGUAAGACUCGUAUUUGCCUCAUUGUUACACUUCUCUUUGUAUAUUGUUCUACAGUUAGUGACUUCCUUGAAUUGAGGCCACUUUUCUGUUCCUUGUGUUCGGUCUUCACUUGUCAUGCGCUUCGAUAUAAAAAGAGUAAAAGCAUUGACAAGA